AUUCAAUAUACACUUAUCAUCAUCAACAUCAUCACUGUCAACAUCACCAUCACCAACAUCAACCUCAACCUCAACAUUAAUUGAAGUGUAAUACACAUUACAUAUAUUAGAAUAACUAAUAACUAAAAGUCAAUCAAAGUAUAUUAGUCUACUUAUAUUUAUAUAAAACGAGUAGUAUCAUCUAUCAAUAAAUAAAUAAUUUGUUUAUUCAUUAUUAAAGUCCAUUAUUAUUAUUAUUAUUUACAAUAAUUAUUUUAAUCAUUCAAAUGAAUACAUCAUCAAAAUCCGAUAAUUUUCUCGCACAAUUUAAAGAUAUUAAUUCAAAUUCAUUAAAAUAUUUUACUGCUGCACAAUUUGUUGAAGUAUGGAAUCAUUAUGAUACUGAUGGUAAUGGUUAUAUUGAAGGUUCAGAAUUGGACAAUUUUUUACGUGAAUUCAUCUAUAGUGUAUUUUCUGAAGAAUUAGGAAGUGAGACAAUACCUAGCGAUGAGUUGGAAUUGAUGAAAAAAGAAUUUAUGGAAGCAUUCGAUGAAAAUUCUGACAAUCGAAUUGAACUUACUGAAAUGGCUAAAAUUUUACCAACUGAAGAAAAUUUUAUUCUGUUGUUUCAUCGUGAUAAUCCAUUGGAUUCAAGUGUUGAAUUUAUGAGAGUGUGGAAACGUUUUGAUAAAGAUAGAAGUGGAUAUAUUGAAGCUGAUGAAUUGAAAUCAUUUCUUCUACACUUAUUGAAAGAAGCAAAACCGGAAACUAAUAUUGAAGAAGGAAAAUUAAUUGAGUAUACUUCAUCCAUUCUUCAGUUAUUCGAUCAAAAUAAAGAUGGUAAACUUCAACUCAGUGAAAUGGCAAGACUACUUCCUGUUAAAGAGAAUUAUUUAUGCAGACCAAUCUUCAAGAAUGCUUCGAAAAUUACAUCAGCUGAUAUUGAUCGAGCAUUUUCACUUUAUGAUCUUGAUGCAAAUGGUACAAUAGAAGAUGAAGAAUUAUCAGGAUUCCUUAAAGAUUUAUUGGAAUUAGCUCAAGAAGAUUAUGAUGAAGCUGAUUUGGAAUUUUUUAAAAAAGUCAUAUUAAAUCAAUGGGAUGUAAAUAAUGAUGGGAAAAUUAAUCGUGAUGAAUUAAAAAUGAUGCUUAUGCAACAAUCUCGUCUGUUAGGUGAUAGAUUAUGAAAAUUUAUCCAAUUAUUCAUUAUUAUUACUAUUAUUAUUAUUAUUAUUAUUAU